GGAGGAACCGAGGACGGAGGAGGAAGGAGGAGGGCGGCGCCAGAGCAGAGCACAGCGCAAUGGAGGUUGCGCCGGCCUUGGUGUCUCUCCUCUAAACUCCUCUGCGCUCCUCCACUGUGGCUAAGCUGGGGUGGCGGCGCCGCCGCAAUCCAUUGCAACCCGCCGCAGCUCCACCACCGUACCUGUCGCCACGGCGGCUUCAGAGGCAGCGCUCCCAGCCCCACCGCUGCCGCCUCCCCCUCUUGCCAUCCCCCUUGUUGUUUAUCUAGGGUUCAUCCCAUUCCAUCGCACCGCAUUACAUCGCGGUGGUGCCCACAACGCCCCCCAACUCAUUGCUACCGGCGUCUCCGCAGCAUUGGUCCAACGCACUGUUCCUUCUCGGACGGACUAAUUUUGCUUGCCAACGGAUCACUGUUCAUGCCUGCAUCUGCACUGCAGUUGCCAUCACAUCCCCAUUCCAAUCCGCUCCAAUCGAUGGCUGCUGCUGCAUUGAUCUGAGAAGAGACUGCACACUGCAUUUCACUUGCAGAUAUUCCAGACUUUCAGAUGUCUUUUGAUAUCACAGAAAAGGAUUGCCCCUGCUUUCUCUGUUGUGGAUUCCACGGACGCUCCACAAUAUUUCGACAUUGGACUUAAUACUUGGCAAUCUUUGUUGUACUGCACGUUGCUGCUUGCUGUUUCAACCAAGGACGUUUCUUCUUUUCUAACUACAUCCAGACCUUUUCCUUCUUUAUUUCCAAUUUUGUAUCUCAUUAUUAUCUAUCUUACUACUAAAAGAGAACCGCAAUAUUCUCCCUAUGGCCAAGACAUCGCUUCCUCCUGGAUUCCGGUUUCACCCAACUGAUGUAGAACUCACCGUCUACUAUUUAAAGAGGAAAUUGUUGGGAAAACAUUUACGCUGCAAUGCUAUUACGGAGAUUGAUCUAUACAAGUUCGCCCCUUGGGAUCUUCCAGAGAAAGCUUCCUUGGAGAGUAAUGAUCUAGUGUGGUAUUUCUUUUGCCCACGCGAUAGGAAAUAUUCUAGUGGGUUAAGAACUAACCGGUCAACCGGAGUCGGAUAUUGGAAAGCUACUGGGAAGGACAGGCCGGUGUUUUAUAAUUCUAGAACUGUUGGGAUGAAGAGAACUUUGGUGUUUCAUCUUGGCAAGCCACCACGAGGUGAUAGAACUGACUGGGUAAUGUAUGAAUAUAGGCUGGAGGAUGAGGAACUAGCUGCUUCUGGUGUUAAACUGGAUGCCUGCGUUCUAUGCAAAAUUUUUCAGAAAAGUGGUCCAGGACCCAAGAUUGGGGCACAAUAUGGUGCUCCAUUCAAUGAAGAGGACUGGAAUGAUGCCAGCAAUGUGGAGUGUUCACCAUUUGCAUCUUCUGUGGCCCCUUGUGCACCUGAAUCAAGUCAUGGUGGGUUGAACUCUGCUGGUCAACACCUGGCUGUGAGUUAUGAUGGCAAGGUUUCUUUGGCCCCCUUGUCAGAAAGUAACAACGAACAUACUGUCAAUCGUGUUCAUCCUGACAGACCUUCUCCCAGUAUCCCUGUCGAUAGCAUACACAUACAGCUGCUAGCUGAGAUCAUCAGAUGUUCCUCAACAAAUCUUCUAUGUACUGCUGCUGAAGAUGGUUCACUGCCUGAUUCAACUGCUGGCUAUGAUAAUGAGGAUGGAGAAUCAUUGGAUGAUAUUGAAACAAUAUUCUGUGGAGUGGAUGAGCUUGCGUCUCAGCCUGUGGUGAACAACUCUAACCAUUGUGACUCGUGUGAACACUUGAUUCACCAUAUGCCGGAAGCACGAGGAACUGAACAAUACUUGGAGCUAAAUGACCUAUUCUUUUCUCUUGCUGAGGGCCCUGAUUCCUCUGGCAUGCUGUUGUCCAAUGAAAUAUCUGUUGAGCAACCGUUUGAUCUUGAGCCCAGGAUUGAGCGAGACUCUUUGGACUGCAUCUCCAAUACCGUUAAUACUUCCACAUCAACAGCUGAUGGUCCAUUUCCUUCAGUGUGCGCGGUUGAUGUGCACAGAACCUGAUUCAGAGUGAGUUGUGUAGCUCGCAUUUUAGUGGAGUCUUGGAGGACACGACAUAGUGCUCCAUUUCCCCUCUUUUCAAUGAAGUGAGCACUAUGCUGUUGAGAACUCGGGACAUGAAGGCAGGUCCCCCAGCUGACGACACCAUGAGUCACCUUUGUUGUGCAGCUACUGGUUGAAUAGCCUCGAUCCAGGAGCAUUCCUCUGUCAUCCGGUCCCUAGUCCCGCGCCGUGGCAUGGGCUCAGCAUGAAUAAUGCACUCCUAAUGUAAUUUUCAUCUUUUAGCUAGAGUGGGGGGUACCUGCAGCUGUUGUGAUGUAACAUGUGCUGGUUUCGUUUCAUGGAUUUUCUUGGCAACUUUUGCAGUCAUACUCUCAACUUUUAGCAAGGGCGGUGGGGUAGAAAAAAUAUGUAUAUUAUAUAACUGAAUUCGCUACCCGCUGUCAGAUCUAAAAACAAAGGGCCUAGAUUGCGUGGCGCCGUAGCAA